AAAUAAAGAUGUGUUCGGUUACACAUUCAUACCAGCAUUUAUUGCUCAUAACAAUAUGUGAAGAACUUCUUUAGAAGUCUCAGCGGACACAUAGCUGGAGUGUGAGAGCAGAGUGUGCGCUAUAUCUGGACACACACAGCAAAAGCUCCUCAGUUAGUUUACAAACCCUUCUCUGAAGCUUUCUUCAAUAUCUAACAUAGAUCUUCCUGCAAAAAUGGCCACCAGAAAACGUGGCAUUCCUCUGAGCACAAUCAGUCCAAAAUUUCUUCACGCUAAUUCCACAAGCCACACCUGGCCAUUCAGCGCUAUAGCUGAGCUGAUUGAUAAUGCUUAUGACCCAGAUGUUCGUGCCAGACAGAUCUGGAUAGACUGGACACGUAUCAGAGGACUAGACUGCCUCUCUUUUAUGGAUAAUGGAGAGGGUUUGACAAGAGCCAGACUGCAUAAGAUGCUCAGCUUUGGUUUCAGCGAGAAGAAAGCAGUGAAAUUUCACAUUCCAGUCGGUGUUUACGGCAAUGGGUUUAAAUCGGGGUCCAUGCGUCUGGGAAAAGAUGCCAUUGUUUUCACAAAGACCAGAGACACCAUGAGUGUUGGACUCCUGUCCCAGUCUUACCUCGAGGCCAUCGGAGCUCAGCGAGUCUUGGUGCCCAUGAUCACGUUUAGACGCGAUGGACGUAACCACAUGGAGGAUGGAGCCAGUCUGAGAGCGAUCCUCUCACACUCUCUCUUCAGCUCAGAGAGAGAGCUGUUCGCAGAGCUCCGCGCCAUCAGCGCUGCUGGACAGACAGGAACACGAAUCAUCAUCUGGAAUCUUCGCACGACCACAAAUGGCGACACUGAAUUUGACUUUGACACAGAUAAAUAUGACAUUCUGAUCAGGGCGACCAUCAGCGAGAGGAGCAACAGUGGUCUCGCCAUGACUCCAGAAAGUGAAUACUCAUUACGGGCAUACUGUAGCAUCUUAUACCUGAAGCCUCGCAUGCAAAUCAUUAUUCGAGGGCAAAGAGUGAAGAGCCAGCUGAUAUCCAAGAGUCUGGCUCAUAUUGCGCAGGACAACUACAGGCCGUCAUUCCUUAACAAGCGUGUACGUAUCACUUUCGGAUACAACACCAAAAGCAAAGAGCAUUAUGGGAUUAUGAUGUACCAUAAGAACAGGCUAAUAAAGCCAUACGUGAAAGUGAGCUGCCAAUGUAAGGCCGAAAGAAAAGGUGUGGGCGUUAUUGGUGUUAUAGAGUGCAAUUUCCUUCAGCCCACUCACAACAAACAAGACUUUGAUGACACCGAUAAAUACAGGAAGAUCAUGCACAACCUCAGCAUAAAGCUGGAGGAGUAUUGGAACGAAAUCCGCUACAAACGAAAGAAAGAGGAUCCAAAUUGCACAGUUGCAAUAGAGGAUGUGUUGAAAGUUCCAGAUCAAGUCUGGGUGCAGUGUGACAGCUGCCUGAAGUGGAGGAGGCUUCCAGAUGGCAUCACUGAGCUGCCGGAUAAAUGGUUCUGCAGCAUGAACUACGACCCACAGUUCAGGAGCUGCUUGGUAGAAGAAGAACUAGAGGAUGAGGAGGAAGAUCAGAAGUCGUACCCUAAACCCUUUAAACGGCAGAGGAGAAAUACAAAGACUGAGUUUGAGGAGAAUGAUCCAGAGAGCACACAGACUCAAGACAGACCAGGAUCAUUAUCAAGCAGUCAGGCACCCAGACAUCCACCAGCCUCUGUUUUGUCUGGACUGUCUUUAGCUGAGAGGUCUCCUUUGCCCCUCAUUAACCUGACUGCUGUCUCCAGCUCUCUGAGAAGAGCAAAACAGACGUUUUUUACCACAGAACAACAGACGCCAUCCUCUCUUGUCCCCCCUCUCACCGCACCACAAGAGCUCUCCUCACAGACUCACUACUGGCCUGCUUUGAAUAAGGAGAGAAAGAUUCUCACGCAAUCUGACACACUCGUGAACAAAGCUGAGAGCGAAAUGAUGGAGGGAUUUGAGUCGCAUCAGGGGCCCGCUGCUGCAGAAGAGACAUGUGAAAGAGAUGCGUCAUCUGGGACAGGGAGGGGAUACAGCUCAGCUGUGGAAGAGAUAAUUGAAUUGCCCUUGAAAAGUGAGAAGAAAGGGGUGGUGCAUCAUGAAGGUCAUGUUGAUGAUGAAGAAGAGGAGGAGGAGGAAGAGGAAUGGAACUUGAUAGAGGUGCAACAGUGGCAAGAUGAGCUAAUGCAGCUGAUGCAUGAGACAGCGGAGGAGAGAGACCUGUGCCAACAGGAACUGGAGGUGCUUAGAGAGCACAGCGCCGCCCUGGAGGACGAAAGGAACAAGCUCAUCAGCAGGCUGGAGAGGGUAGAGGAGGAGAAGACCAGCCUUUCUGCCCUGUGUGAUCAGCUGAAGAGUCAACUGUCGGAGCUCAGGGAACAGAGCCAGAGAGGAAAAGAAGAGAAAGACGACCGCUCCAAACUGAGGACACUGCGUCUAAAUCUGAGCCGUCUGCUGGUGUCUUUCAUUCCUUCUCUUCAUCUUGAGCAUGUGGACUACAACAGUGAUGUCAUAGAUACAAUCCUCAUCCAGGUUCUAGAACAGAUCACAUAAAAGAGUCUCUCUGAUUUUCAGAAUGUCAGAUUUGAUUCUUAUUGAAAAUGGAAAUCACUAAUUUCACAUAUACUUCAUGUACUACAUAAUAUACUGUCAUAUAUUUAAAUGUAUUAGAUACAUUUAUAUCAAAGUUUAGGAGGAGACUAUGGAAGCCCAUUUCUGCCAAAUAAGACAAAAUAAUCAUGCUUUGUAAAUCUUAUGACAUAAAAAGUCAAAAUUAUGACAUAUGAAGUUGAUAUUAUGACAUAAAAAGUGAAAUUAUGAGAUGAAUUCAAAAUUAUGACAGACUAAGUCAUAAUUAUGACAUACUAGUUCAUAUGUGGUAAAAAGUUUAAAUUAUGACAAAAAGUCAAUUGACAGUCAUCAUUUCUGCUUUUUAUCUCCUCAUUUUGACUUUAUAUGUCAUAAUUAUGAUUUACGAAAGCAUGAUUUUUUUUUCUUAUGUGGUGGAAAUGGGCUUCCAGAUCACUAGAAGAAAGAAGAAAAUUGUUCAGGAGAAAUCAAAAGGACAGCUUCUCUGUUUUUUUGGGGAGUAAACUAGCAUUAGCUGGGCUAGCCUGAAAAAAGCUAGUUAAUGCAAAUGAAACCAAAUUUAUGAAAUGUUUUGGACAUUUCUUUCUUUCCCCAAUCAAGUACAUAGGAGCUGGACUUGCAUGCCUAGAAAAUAGCGCAACCAAGAUGGCUGCUGAGUCAACCGACCUGCUUCAAUAAAGACUUAAUAUGCUCACA